AUGCCAAGUGAAUCUGUGAAGGGUGUUACUUCUGAAGAUAUUCAACAAGUGGAAAAUCUCAUAGGACAAUGUCUACGCAAGUAUAUGUCCCCAAAACAAGUAGUGGAAACACUACUAAGUGAAUCAAAAAUCGAACCUGAGUUUACUAAAAUAGUCUGGAAAAAGCUUGAAGAACAUAAUGCUGAAUUCUUCAAAGCUUAUUAUACAAGAGUGGUGUUGAAGCAGCAAAUUGAACAAUACAACAUACUGCUAGAGAAACAAAAGGAGAUAAUGGACUCACAACAAAAUGAAGUUCCAUUACCACCCAACUCUAAUGGAUCACAUGUCUCCCCUAGUAAUGAAAAUUCAGAGUCCAAUUCAGAUCAAGAGUGA